AGCUCCCAUAAUCCCCAUCCCGCAUGGUCCAGGGAGUGGAGGAGGUUGGAAUCCAACCGUGUGGAGGGUCCCGGGUUGAGGGAGAACCCAGCAACAAUGUCAGAAGGGGACAGUACCGGUGAGUCCAUCCAUGGCAAGCCUUCUGUGGUCUAUAGAUUUUUCACAAGACUUGGACAGAUUUACCAGUCCUGGCUAGACAAAUCUACUCCAUAUACUGCAGUCCGAUGGGUCGUAACGUUGGGUUUAAGUUUUAUCUACAUGAUUAGAGUUUAUCUACUGCAGGGUUGGUAUAUUGUGACAUACGCCUUGGGUAUCUACCACCUAAACCUGUUCAUAGCUUUCUUGUCGCCAAAGGUCGAUCCCUCGCUCAUGGAGGAUUCAGAUGAAGGGCCUUCAUUACCCACGAAACAAAACGAAGAAUUUCGGCCCUUUAUUCGCAGGCUGCCAGAAUUCAAGUUUUGGCAUUCUGCCACUAAAGGCAUUCUUGUUGCCAUGACGUGCACGUUCUUCGAGGCUUUCAAUGUUCCAGUUUUUUGGCCCAUUCUUGUGAUGUAUUUCAUUAUGCUGUUCUGCAUCACGAUGAAGAGGCAAAUCAAGCAUAUGAUAAAAUAUCAAUAUAUACCUUUCACACAUGGCAAGAGGAAAUACAAAGGGAAAGAAGACGUGGGGAAGACUUUUGCUAGCUAGAAAUCCAAUUUGGAACCUGCUGACCAACUUCCUGCAUUAUAAUUAAAAGACCAGUUUUGAGCCAUUGUAACAAUGCCUCUGUCCUUCAUAAUAAGUCUUCAAUAAGAGGGCGGUGAUUAAGAAGAUUCAUUUCUGUCUCUUCAGUUGAUUGUGGGUCUGGUUUCUCACUCCUUUCGGUGUCACAGGAGAAUUCUGCAUUUUAACUGCAUCUUCUGAAUGUGUUGCUCUGUGGGAACAAGCUGCUGUUUUAUCCGUCCACAGCCUGCUCUCCCCCCCCGUCCCAAUUUUCUUUGUUCGGCAAAGGCAGCUAUCGCACAUUUACACACAUGCGUGUCUUUCAUAGGAAGCACACAGUGUGGGCCCUGGGAUCUUGGACUUCCAAGUUUGGCUGGUGGUUUCGCAAGCUUUUGAAGGGGCCGCUUGUGCGUAUUGCAAACGUGUGUGUUCGUGCACGCAGAGCAAAGUGGGUAGGGAAUUUGAAGCAGAAUAUUCUUUGGAAGGUCUGCAGCUGGUAUGGAAUGGAAGAAUCCUGAGAGUUGUUUUUUUUGGGGGGGGGAGUCCUUUUUUAUUCUCCAAUCCAGUACGUACCCUGUACCUUGCUGAAAUGAGAUAAUCAGAAUACAAGAAUGGGAUGCAGUGAUAAACGUUCAACUUUGACAUCCCUUGGAUUUAGAGAGGUAAUUGAUACCCCUGUGCCUAUUAUAACUUAAUUUGGGCAUUUAAAAUAAACCUGUCUUCAUUGACUGAGAGGAGGAAUCGGACUUGGCUUUUAGGGCGAAGAGGUGGAUGAUGGGUUGGGUGGUUUUUGGGGGGGUUUUGUUUAGUCAUCAGCUGUUUUGUAAUUAUUCAAAAUUUAACUACCAUGAUUUUUUUUUAAAUUUUGGAAAAGGCCUGGAAUAAUAAUUACAUGUAUAUAUAAUAUUAGGUAAAGAGUAUUUUGACACAUUUCUUUGAGUUUUUUUUUUUUU